AUGGGUUUGCCAAUCUUAGGCAACUUGCUUUGGUUGAAAGGACUAAAAAGGAAAGGGAUAAAACAGUACCAAGCGUUGUUUGAGGCAAGCAAAACGUACGGAGAUAUAGUAUCAAUUAAGGUAUUGGGUCAAAGGUUCGUAUUUCUGCAUGGAUAUGAAACAAUUCGUGAGGCCUUCGUGAAGAAUGGGGAUGUAUUCAGUAACCGACCUAGCUGGCUAAAGGGACUUAAAGAGGCUACCAAGGAAGGAAAAGGUGUUAUAUGGCAAAGUGGGAAUGACUGGAAAGUUUUGCGGAAGUUUGUACUGCAGACACUUAGAGAAUUUGGCGUUGGGAAGACGUCUUUAGAACAAAAUAUCAUGCGCGAGGUUGACGCUGCUAAUGAUGUUCUCUAUGCCACCAACGGAAGCCCACCAGUGUCAUUACCACACACAACCGAUGUUGAUGUUACUCUCGGAGGGUUCUUUAUACCGCGGAAGACUCUGAUUAUUGCCAAUUUAUACUCGUCCAAUAUGGAUCCGCGCCACUGGGACCAGCCAGAAAUCUUCAGUCCUGAGAGGUUUAUGGAAGGCGGGAAACUGAAGAAAAAUCCAGCUCUGAUCCCGUUUUCAAUAGGAAUUGUAUUGCAAAGCGGAAAUGCCUGGAAAGUUUUGCGGAAGUUUGUUAUGCAGACACUUAGAGAAUUUGGCGUUGGGAAAACGUCUUUAGAACAAAAAAUCAUGCGGGAAGUUGACGCUGCAAAUGAUGUUCUCUGCGCUACCGACGGAAACCCGUCGGACGUACGACUUCUUACGUCAAUGAUGAUCAGCAAUAUUAUUUAUGGGAUCGUUUUCGCAAAAAGGUUUGACUACAAAGAUGAAAAGUUACACGAAAUCAUAGAAAACUUGGAUAAGUUAUUCCAAGGUGGUGGCGCACUUACCCCUGAAGGGAUGGUACCAACAUUUCUUCGUAAGCUAUUUAACAAAGAGGGAAACAAACGUAGAGAGAAUCGUAUGCGUACACAAAAAUGGAUAAAAGAACAUAUUUACGGCGAGAUAAGCAACCACGAGAGCACGUUUGACAACGAGAACAUACGAGAUUUCAUAGAUUUGUAUCUGCAAGCAAAAAUUCAACACUCUGAUGAAAAUAUUUUCAACAAGGGAAACAUGUUUCGCGUGAUCAUGGACCUAUUUAUAGCAGGCUCAGAAACAACGUCAAAUACAAUCAACUGGUGUAUACUUUACAUGCAAGAGUACCCGGAUAUACAGAAAAAAUGUCAGGAGGAAAUAUUUGAGAAAUGUGGAGACAAGGUAGUUACAUGGGCUGACAGAAGUUCCUUGCCGUACAUCGAGGCAACGCUGCUUGAAAUACAAAGAAUGGCAAAUAUAGCACCUAUGUCAGUGCCACACACAACUGAGGUUGAUUUCUCUCCUGCUCGUGAAAUCGAAUGCACCAACACAGUACAGGUUACCAUGGCACCAAACAGAACUAAAAAUUUUGGUUUCACAUCUCAUUUACAUCAAGAUAAAAAUAUGAGGUUUGACUACAAAGAUGAAAAGUUACACGAAAUCAUAGAAAACCUGGAUAAGUUUUUCCCAAAGUGUGGUGGCGCACUUACCCCUGUAGGGAUGAAAUGUGGAGACAAGGUAGUUACAUGGGCUGACAGAAGUUCCUUGCCGUACAUCGAGGCAACGCUGCUUGAAAUACAAAGAAUGGCAAAUAUAGCACCAGUGUCAAUACCACACACAACCGAUGUUGAUGUUACUUUCGGAGGGUACUAUAUACCGCGGAGGACUCUGAUUAUUGUCAAUUUAUACUCGUCCAAUAUGGAUCCGCGUCACUGGGACCAGCCAGAAAUCUUCAAUCCUGAGAGGUUCAUGGAAGGCGGGAAACUGAAGAAAAAUCCAGCUCUGAUCCCGUUUUCAAUAGGUCCACGGAUAUGUUUAGGAGAAUCUUUGGCCAAAAUGGAAAUGUUUUUGAUCUUCUCAAAUCUGCUACAGCGAUUUACCUUCUGUAGAGAAGACGAUAACGUCAAACACUCCUUCGAGAAUAUUUUAGAGCAAGGCACAAGUGCUCCAAAACCGUACAAAACCCGUGCUAUUAAGCGGGCUUAGAUCAUCGUGUAGAACAAUUGGAAGUAAUCAUAUUUUCUUGCAAUCAAAAAACUCUGGCAAGUAUUAGACUAAGUGAAAUACACUAUAUAUACACUGGAACAUUAAUCAUGAACUUGCCCGUGCACUUCCAUCAGAAACUGUGAGACGUCGUUUCAUGAAAGGAAAAUGCUCUGUUUGCAUUUCUAAUACAUUUAUUGUUUUGUGGAUGAAAAAGGUAGAAAAAAGAUAUAAUCAGUCUUGCAAAAGAAAGUAUAUUUCUAGUUACAUCGUAAAUCAAAUAUGAAAAAUAAAGGGAAAAAAAUGUCUAACAGUCAAUUAUAUUUGGAUCAAUAACUCCGUGAAAAAUACAUUAUCCAGAGGGUCAUUUUAGGAUUUGAUAUAACAAGUAAGAUAUGGGUCAACAACUCUAUGAAAAGUACAUUGUGUGUCUAAAUCUAUCAGAUAUACACUAUCGACAGGGUCUCUCUCGGAUUUUUAAAAACUUGGUGAAAUUUGGGUCAAUAUCUCUAUAUGCGUAGGCCUAUAAACUUCUUGUUGAAAACUUGGAUUUACACU